CCUAACGCAGUACACAUCAUAAGCGAUCUUGACCGCGUCCCACACACUCAAGCACUCCUCAGCAACCGGGCGAUAUUUUGAAGAGAUGGCAGGAUUACGAUGCUGUGUGGUGGUGGUGAUUGCUGUGAUGGUGGCAGCAACAGCGGCGACACCCACUGACUUCUACGGACACGGUGGCGACCACCACAAGGGAUACAAACCCCCCCCGAAACCGUACUCGUUCUCGUACGGCAUCGACGACAAGCACUACGGUCCAUCGUUCAUGCAGCAGGAGAAGAGCGACGGACACAGCGUCAAGGGCUCCUACACCGUCCAGCUACCGGACGGCAGACUGCAAACGGUGACGUACACGGCUGACCACGACAACGGAUUCUUCGCGGAUGUCAAGUAUUCCGGGAAAGCGCAAUACCCGUCCAAGGGACACCCGCCUUUCAUCGUCAAGCCUCAUCAUCAUGGCGAUAUUGGCUACCACUAAGUGGGACGCACGUCUUAUAACAAUAAUUUCUGUUGCUCAUUUUCUAUAAAUAAUAAAGAAAACUUUCAUUUAC